AUGGAAAAAUCUUAAAAUUAAUCAGAUAAAGCAACAUUGAAAGAGAGUUUAACUACUGAUUCAACUAAAUAAAGCACUAGACAUCAAACUAUUAACAGAAUUUGUGUCUCUAUUGAGAGAGGAGAUAAGGAAUUUGAUCUGGAUUUUGAUAUGCUAAGUGAUAUGUAUGAGUUCCAUAAUGAUGAUGAUAAGUCACUUUAAUCAUAAUCUUUUGUUUCAGAAUCUAUGACAUCAGAGUCCAUCAUAGAUGAUUAUCUUCUGAAACGGCAAGAAAAUGUUCAGAUAAAUACUGUUUAGCUAUUAGAUGAUAUCUAUGAUAAACAUUUGAUUGAACUUCCCGAUGACCUAAUUGCUGCUCUUAAGGAAGCAGAUAACACUAAAGUUACCAUCAUUAGCGAGUUGUUUGCCUUCAAAAUCUUACAGAUUGAAAUGGAAAUAGUUGAGAAUGAAGACAGUGAAUAGAGACUAGCAUUCAGUUAGUAAUACAAGAAUCAACUUUUGAAAUAAAGAAGUGAAGUAGAAAAAUAUAUUAAUGCCUGUCUAGUUGAUAGAAUAAUAAGCGAAAAAAAGUUCAAAUAUAUUAAUAAGAUUUUACCAGCUAUUUAAAAGAGAUUAAGAAAGGAAUUCUAUUAACUGUUUCAAAAGAAUAUGUUCGUGAAUGAGAGCUAGAUACUUAAGAAAUAUAAUUUUGAAUUUUUGGAAUAAGUUGAGUAGAAUUUCUAACGAUAUGCAAUAGAAGAGAUUUAAAGUUCUAUUGGAAAUGAUGUCUUAUUGACAGAUUAUAAGGUUUUAAUGGUCUAAUUUUUCUAGAAUUACCUGCUUAGUAAAGCACAUUAUUUUCUAAAUGAACUGAAAAAUAAUUUCAUUACAGAAUUCCAGACAUCUUAUGAGUAGGAUUGGAACAUAUUCUUGCAAAAUUACAUAAAUGAAGAAAAUGGUCCAAAAAUAGUAGUAGAAGAUUUGUAAACCUUAUUCAAUAUCCUGAUCAGAUUGCCUGCAAGCAAAGAAAUUAAACUAGAGAUUGUAUAAUUAGAAUCUAAGCUGACAUAGUUUGCUUUUAUGCAUAAUCUGGAGAUUAAUAUAGAUGAUUAUUGGACAUAAUAAGAUGAAAUCGAGGCAUAUUUGAUUUCACUACAUUAAAGAUUAAUGUAAUAUGAAUAAUAGAGAGAAAAGGAAAAUGCUUUUUCCAGUUUGAUAUACGAAUUGUUAAAUUAUUUCAUUAGAGAUUGCUAUACUGCUUCUGAUAGAGAACUCCUAAAAAUGUUCUUCAUGACAAUCUAGCCUAAGGUAAGAGAAAUUAUCAUGUCAAAUCAAGAAAUAAAUAUUGGAUUUUAUUUGACCAUCUUUGAGAAAGAAAUUUCCGAAGCCAAUCCAAUUAGUGAGUACUAACUCAAAGAUAUAAUUUAAUCAAAAUUCUAAAAUAAUUUGGCAACCUUUGGAAUAGAUAAAUCAAUAGAAAAAACAAGUAUUUUGAAUUUAUAGAGAAUCAGUACUACUACUCGAAGUAAGCAUGUAGUAAUAUGUCUUUCUGGAUUUUUAACAGAGGAUGUAGAGAAAGAAGAGAGCUGGCGUUUAGUUGUAAAUCAUUAUAAAUAUGCUGAAGUUUUUGCUUUGACUUGGAAUUCACUUUCAGUCUCUAAUUUCUGGACAGAGGGGCAUUACAAAGAAAGGGGUGGAUCUGGAUUUAUGGCGAAAGUUUUGUUCAUAAAAUCAGGAAAAAAGUAGUUUAAAUAUGCUAUAGAGUAGACAAAAGUAGCGGGGACUUUGCUCGCUCUAUUUUUAUUGAAAACAGAUUUUAGCAAUGAUAAAGCAAUAACAUUAAUAGGACAUAGUUUGGGAACUGUUAUAAUUUUCCAGGUAUUAAAUGUUUUGCAUCACUUUUAUAAGCAAGGUAAUUAUAAGGCAGGCAGAAUUAUUCAUGAUGUAUUUUUAUGGGGUGGUGCAUUAGUCUUGACACCUUAAGGAAAAUAUGAAGAGAUAAUAUAGAAAUCUAAGUUAUGUGGAGUAGUGAAUGGCAAGUUAUCAAAUGUUUAUAGUCUAAAAGAUUAUGUACUCAAGUACAUGUUUAUGUCUGUAAUGAGCAAGUUUGAGCCAAUUGGAAUGAUACCAAUAUUUGAAGAUGUACCCGAAUAUUAAAGAACUAGGAAUAUGACUCCUCAUGCUGCAAAGAUGUCCACUUUAAAAAAGGCUCACAAUUACGACUGCACUGUGGAAUGUCCUGGUCAUAUGACAUAUAGCGUAGGAGCAAAUCUGGUUUUAGAAAAAAUACCAAACUCUUUCUGA